UUCAACCAUCCCUGCAGCACCUAGUGAACUGUGUAGAUCGCUUGUUGUUGUGAAGCCAUGAUGAUGAAGCAUACUGCUGUGUGCCUUCUGGCACUGGCCUUGCUUGGCAGCUUUUGUCAUGCACAAUUUGGCGAUUACAAGCCUUCAAAACCUAGAUAUCCAAAGCCAUCGCCACCUGUGAGACAGGAGCCCACCAAACAGUUGCCUCAACAUCCCCAACAGACAAAGCAAGAAUUUGAGAAACCACUCACCUGGAAAUACCCUGAGGAUCCCCAGCCUGAAACCCCACCUGAUGUGCCUUUCGAGAUCAGACAUCCUAUCGCUGUUGCAACUGUUGCUGUUGAGUGCAGAGAGAUGGACGCUCACGUGGAAGCCAAGAAGGACUUGUAUGGAAUCGGUCAGUUCAUCAAUCCUAAUGACCUUACCCUGGGACCCUGCAAUGCUGUUGCAGAGGACAAUGCCGCUCAAGUGUUGAUCUUUGAAUCUGAACUGCAUGCAUGUGGCAGCACAUUAAUGAUGACAGAAGAGUCCCUCAUCUACACCUUUAGUCUGAACUAUAAUCCCCAACCUGUGGGCUCUUCUUCUGUGGUGAGGACCAGCCCUGCUGUUAUAAUUGUGGAAUGCCACUACCCAAGGAAGCACAAUGUGAGCAGCCUUCCUCUUGAUCCUCUGUGGAUCCCGUUCUCUGCUGUUAAGGUAUCAGAGGAAUUCUUAUACUUCACCCUGAAACUCAUGACUGAUGACUGGCUAUAUGAGAGGCCAAGCUACCAGUACUUCCUGGGAGACUUAAUUAAUAUUGAGGCACUGGUCAAGCAGUACUACCACGUGCCCCUCCGUGUGUAUGUGGACAGCUGUGUUGCUACUCUUUCAGCUGACAUGAACUCCAGCCCCAGAUAUGCUUUCAUUGAGAACCAUGGAUGUUUGAUUGAUGCUAGGCUCACAGGCUCUAGCUCCAAGUUCAUGGAUCGCACUGCAGAGAACAAGCUUCAGUUCCAGUUGGAGGCCUUCAGGUUCCAGGGAAGUGAAAGCGGACUGCUCUACAUUACCUGUCACUUGAAAGCAACAUCUGCUGCCUACCUCAUCGAUGGGGAACACAGAGCUUGUUCCUACAUCAAUGGGUGGAAGGAGGCCAGUGGUGCUAAUGCAGCUUGUGGCUCCUGUGAAUCUGGCGGAUUUGAAUCUGCUAGCUCUUCAUCUGGUGUAGUUGGGGCUGGGGCAUCAACUGGUGCCUGGGGUUCUGGAAGUGGAUCUGGUGGUAGUCUGGCUCAUCCUGGAAGGAAGAUCCGUGAUGUGACUCACACUGAAAUUUCCGAAUGGGAAGGUGACGUCACCCUGGGUCCCUUCGUCAUUGGAGAGAAAGUGGUUGCUUAACUCAAUUCCCUGCCAUGGCUAUGACCAUCAAAAUAAACAAUAUCACUGGUUCACAA